AGCAGCUCCUGCUGAAGCCAUCCUGCCAUCUGUGCUGAGUUUCCUCUCCUGACCUCCUCUGUGAGCCUGGUGAGGGGAGACAGGAGUUCUGAAGGUAAAUACAGAAAAUGGACCAAAGCUGACAGAGAGCAAUGACUGAGACUUAUUUCAAGUUCCGCGGGAACCUGACUGGCCGUGUCCACCUUCCAACCCUGGCUACUGAAGUAGACACAACAGCAGACAAAUAUUCUGGCCUCUAUGUGUACGUGGGGCUGUUCCUAACCCUGCUGGCUCUCCUCCUGAUCCUGCUCUUCUCCAUGCUCCUGCGCCUGAAGCACGUUGUGUCCCCCAUCACCUCCCCAGAGAGCACUGAGAACGUGCAGCACUUCACGGACGUGGAAAUGCACAGCAGGAUCCCCACCACGUAGGGAGCCCACAGCAAACAGGGCUCCGUGCUUGGGAAAGGUGGUUUUUGUUCAGCAAAGGUGGUGGAAAGAAGCUCCGGGUGCCUGCUGAGCCCCACAAGUUCUUGCAAAGCCUCAGCAGCAUCUGGAGGGUG